GCUGGCGUUCAUGAAGCAGAUAUCUUUGGUUCCAGAUGGGAAUUGAAGGUUUUUCCUUCGACAUGCGCCAUAUACAUUUUAACAAAUAGAGCAACAAGGGAAGGGGAUCCCAUAGCGUCCCAUCUACCUGUCGAAAACGUCCACCUCUAUGUGAGAGGAAGGGAGCUUCCUUAGUGCACAAAUUUGGAGAAGACGUCGAAGGGCAUCUUCUGAUGCGAUUCUGGAUCCUGUUUGGAGUGGCUUUUGUGGAUCUUGUCGCUCCUGCUUCUUCAAAGAAGACAGAAGAUGACGAAGACAGAAUGGUCGUUUUGGACAGAGGUCGCUAUAUAUUCGGUACAACUUCGACCACCACCUACACCAGCGUCGUAGCUUCCACUUCCACUGUCUACCUCUCCUGUCUUUCAGCUACUGCGGCUACAAUUUGCGAAAAGAGGAAGAGGUCGGCCAGAUCUAAUAAAACCUCUCGAAAAGAGAUUGCUCUUGCUUUAGCCGACACAGAGCUAGAGACCAGUCUGGACUCCAGUGACGUACCAGAAUACGCCAGCAUCCCGGAGGAAGCUGGAAAGCAAGAUUCGGGCGAUGGAAAAAUGGCGUUCACUCUUUGGACCACCACCAAGAUCUCGACAACCGUCACGGUCUACUACACGAACACCGCCACUACAGUCACGAUGAGCUUCGGUUGCCUGGCUGGUGGUAUGAUCCUGCCAACUCAGAAUUGUUAACGUUUCUCGUCCAAUCUUCUCGAAUAUGAAUAGCUUCGAUCACGGAACAAACGCCGAAUCUUCGCUGGACUGAAGACCAUGACACUCCUUUGAUGCCAUAAAGGGAAAUCUGCGUCUGAACAUCAGAACCAAAUCGCAGAUCGUAACACUAUUCUAAAAAUGCACAAAUAACCUUCCACUGCAUCAGCCUACGUUAUCUUUAAGUAAUUAUAUAUGUUACAAAGUCUGAGCCAGUUACUUAAGCA